GAAAAAAUUGUAAGAUUUAAGGACCAGCUUCAGCACCCAGGCACGAUUGCCAAUAUAAAAUCUUGUCAUUUUUUUGCCGUUUAAAAAUUCCUUUUCUCAAAAAAAUCGUUGGGUACUGCGGUCUAAGCGAAACUUGGCUAAACUGCUGACAACAUAAUUAUGUUUAUUAUAUACGGAGUUACCAGAAACUCAACGAAUUACUGCCGUUAAAUUUCUUUGAAAAAAGAGCAUUACUUCAAGUUUUAAAUACUAUUUAGCUUAAAAAUCACUAUGACAGUAUGCAUUCAAAUUGCAGCGAAACGUUUAUCAUCAAAUGGGUAUCUUAAUAAGUAUAACUAUCGAGAUUUUAUAGAAUAAGAAUUAUAAAGUUAUUGUUGUUGUAGGUGAAGCGUAGCCAUUGCUAAUUCUUUGCGGCCACUAUAUUAUUGAUCGUUCUGUGAAACAUUUACGGCUUAGUUAUUUCACUUUUAAUAAGAAUCUUUAAUAUUUAAGCUACUAGUACUAAACAUCUAUGCCUACAUGUUACUUAGAAAUACUGAUUAUUUUAACCGAUUUCUGUUGCUGACUGUAUAUCAGUUCUUCAAGAACUACAGAUACACAUUGAAAUUGCGGCAAGUACCAUCGGCGUUUGGAUGAAUUAUAACAUCAAAAAACCUGCACUUUUAUAAGUGUAAAUGAAUUCCUUGUAGAAUUAAAAGUGUAUUAAUUUUUGGCCUAAGUUUACACAUUGCUAUAAUCAUUCGUGAUACGAAGUUCACAGGGUAAUCUAGCAUAUUAGUAUUAAAUAGAAAUCUUUAUUGAAAUGUCCUGAAAAUGAUCCAAACUUUUGGCCAGCCUACUCAAUAUACAACGAGGAGUGUAUAAAUACUUUACCGUAAUUGAGAAACAAUUAAACAUCUCGGUCUCUUUAAGGAUGAUCGGCACACUUCUGACGAUCACACUAUUUAUUUUAGCGUACUCUCUGUAUCUCUUCACCAGAAGAAAGUUUACAUAUUGGAAGAAAAAGAAUAUUCCACAUGUACCACCAACAACGAUAUUUGGUAACUAUUCGAAGGUUUUGUUACUACAGCAAACCUUCGGAGACAAUACUCGGAAGCUAUGUGAAACAUUCCCUGAAGCGCCCCUUAUCGGUGCUUACUAUGGAACAGAACCCUCUCUCAUCGUCCAGGACCCGGAGCUGAUCAAACUGGUCACCACAAGGGACUUCUACUACUUCAGUGGCCGUGAAAUCUCCAACCAUGCCGAGGACGAGCCGUUAUUACGUAACCUCUUCUCCUCCUAUGGUGACAAAUGGAAGGCUCUGCGUCAAUUUCUUUCUCCUAUUUUCUCUUCGUCAAAGAUGAAAUCCAUGUUUCCCUUAAUCGUAAAAUGUUCUCUCCAAUUCGAAGAUAUGCUGGAGCGAGAAUUCGAGACUUCAAGCGUACUCGAUAUGAAAUCAAUAAUGUCGCGCUUUACAAUGGAUUGCAUCUCCUCUUGCUCGUUCGGCAUCGAAACGCUUACUAUGGUCAAAACGGAGAAUAACAUUUUUAGAACACUAGGUGACCUCAUGUCUGCACCUUCAGCAGUCCUUGCUAUGAAAAACCUUAUCAGAACUAUUUGGCCCUCGAUCUUUUAUGGACUGGGAUUUAAGGUAUUUCCCACGAAACUUGAGGAUUUCUUUAAAAAACUGUUAAUUGAUGUUUUUGAAAGUCGGAAUUAUGAGCCCACAAGCCGAAGCGACUUCAUUGAUUUUUUAUUGAAGCUGAAGAAAAACAACUUGGUCGGAGAUGGUUUCAAAAACUCGGAAUCGAGCGCAGGAUCAAAAUUCAAUUUAGAAGUAGAUGACGAGUUCUUGAUAGCACAAUGUGCUCUAUUCUUCGGCGCUGGCUAUGAAUCAUCUUCUAUUACUUUGUCUUGGACAUUGUUUGAAUUGGCAAAGAAUCCAGAGAAACAGGCCAAGGCAAUCCAAGAAGUGGAUGCAUACUUGCACCGUCACGACAACAAGCUGGAGUAUGAGUGCGUCGCCGAGACGUCGUACCUACAGGCAUGUGUCGAUGAAGCGAUGCGCCUAUACCCCGUGGCGGGCGUAUUGCACCGCGAGGUGACGGAGGACUACGUGUUCCCCUCCGGCCUAAAGAUCGAGAAGGGCCUUCGAGUGCACUUGCCUCUUUACAAGUUACAUUACAACCCUGAAUACUUUCCCGAACCAAAGAAGUACCGCCCGGAGAGGUUCUAUGGCGACGAGAAGCGUAAUAUCAAAUCCUUCACGUACAUGCCCUUCGGUGAAGGUCCAAGGAUUUGUAUAGGAAUGAGAUUCGCAAGAAUGCAAAUGACAGCUGGCCUCAUAACGUUAUUGAAGAAAUAUAGAGUGGAGCUAGCACCAGGGAUGAAGAGGGAUGUAGAAUUUGAGCCUAAAACGCAAUUCACGCAGCCGACUCAGAGUAUAAGACUGAAAUUCGUUGAAAGAGAGGGAUGGCAAACUAGAGUCUUUACAAAGUAAAAAGAAAACAAAGUAACAGCAUCAUAAAUGAUCUGCUGUAUGUGCAAGGGAUAAUGAAGGACAAAGAAGAGUGCAAUAGUUGCAAUUUUGUAUUCAAUGAUCUCUUAUUGCAUAUUAGUUUAAAACCGGAUGUUAUGAAUUACUUAGAUAUAAAAAUACGCCAUCUGUAAAAAUGUCAACUGCUUUGUUAUCAGAGACAAUGAUAUGCCUGAUAAUGUACGGACGGGUAUUUUAAUUUGUUUUGAUAAAUGCGAAUUACUUAUUAGCCUGGUCUUAGGGUGCCUGUAAAACGAUAACAAAUCAUUCGUCUUUAAAAUAUUGACUGAGAUGACUCUUGAUCAAUCAACCCACCUAUACAUUGUACUGUUCAUGGCUGGGAAGAUAUGUUUUCAAGGUUUUAUUGCACUUGGGUCAAGUACGGAACAGCGCUGAAGCAUCGUUAACCGAAAUAUAUAUUUAAAUCUUCUAUUUCAUAUAAACCUACUUGGUUGUUGUUUAAUUAAACUUUCAUCUUUAAAAUAUUUGUAUGGAUUACAAUUAUAUUUUUUUUGCCCGUAGCUUUUUUUAGUCGUAAGUGUUUUAGCUCGUACCUAACUUAUCAUUAUUUGCCGUUUUAGUAUGAUUUUCUAAAAUUAUCGUAUGAUUACAAAUA